CUCAAUCCUCUGAUUUUUCAGCUAUCAGCCCCGGGGCAGCCAGGCCUGUGGCUCCUUGUACCAUUCUCCCCAAAGGGCAGUCAGCCCUGUGCACUGGCUCUUCAGAGACAGGGGUGUCGCCAAGCUUUAAUUUUUUUUCCUUGCUGUGCCUUUAAGAGCUGCCGGAAUGCAAAGAGUCUGGAGGAGGGGUGGGGUCUCCCAACAGGACUUCUGGGAAAAGGAUCCUGGGAAUUUUUGCCAGAAACUAAACUGAGAUUCCAACACGCAGAAGUUGGGGGUGGUUUGUGUUGGGUCAGGCCUGUGAUUGGACUGCAGAGUCCACUAGGGAGGACGAAAACAGAAGUAAAACGCGAAGAGCCAAGGAAAGGGAGGAAGCCCUCCCCACCCUCACCCCCGCCCCAAUGCACGUCCACCCAGGCCUGCAAGAGGGUGCAGCCACUAGCCUGGACAGGAUCAGUGUGUGUGAAGGGUGAUGGUAACAGAUGGACCCAAGAAGCUCUCUACCCCAAGUCGACCUGCAAGGCCUCCAGGGACGGGCUUGCCAACAGCUGGACUUGAUCACUGGCUUGCAAAGUGAGAUCACGCAUCUGGUGGAAUAACAAGCAGGCUUGGCUCUCUGGCUGUUUUUAGAGGAUUUUCGCAGCAGGGGCUAGAAAGCCAGAGACCACCACCUGGACCCUUAGGUUUUCUUAGAGAGCACGGCAUUGGAGAUUCCACCCCUGGGCGGUGUUCAGGACAAUGACGGCCCUUCGGCGAGCUGCUGCCAUCCUGGUUCUGCUCCUGGCGGCUCUUCUGCCCCCACCCCGGUGUGCCCAGGACCCGGGCAUGGUGCACUACAUCUACCAGCGCUUUCAAGUCUUGGAGCAAGGACUGGAAAAAUGUACCCAAGCCACAAGAGCAUACAUUCAAGACUUCCGAGAGUUCUCGAAGAACAUAACCGCUAUGCUGGGAAGAUGCCAGACCUACACCAGUGAGUAUAAGAGCGCAGUGACUAACCUGGCCUUGAGAGUCGAACGUGCGCAACGGGAGAUAGACUACCUGGAGUACCUGCGAGAAGCUGACGUGUGCGUGGAAUCAGAGGACAAGACCCUGGCAGAAAAGCUCAUCCAAGAGGCGGAAGAAGAGAAGAAGAUCCGGACCCUGCUGAAUGCAAGCUGUGACAACAUGCUGAUGGGCGUAAAGUCUCUGAAAAUAGUGAAGAAGACUGUGGACACACAUGGUUCUUGGAUGAAAGAUGCUGUCAGCAAUCCCCAAAAGGUUUAUUUCUUUAUUGGAUCCAGAAACAAAACUGUCUGGGAAUUUGCAAACCUGCGGGCAUUCAUGGAAGAUAGCACCAAGCCAGCCCCGCGGAAGCUAAUCCUAACACAUUCCUGGCAGGGAACAGGCCAAGUGAUCCACGAAGGUUUUCUGUUUUUUCACAACCAAGGGACUCUCAAUGAGAUCAUCAAAUAUAAUCUGCAGAAGAGGACGGUGGAAGAUCGAAUGCUGCUCCCAGGAGGGGCAGGCCGAGCACUGGUCUACCAGCACUCCGCAUCAACAUUCAUUGACCUGGCUGUGGAUGAGCACGGGCUGUGGGCCAUCCACUCAGGGCCAGGCGUCUAUGGCCAUUUGGUUCUCACAAAAAUUGAACCUGGUACCCUGGGAGUGGAACACUCAUGGGACACUCCAUGCAGGAGCCAAGAUGCUGAAGCCUCCUUCCUUUUGUGUGGGGUUCUCUAUGUGGUCUAUAGUUCUGGCGGCCACGGUCCUCACCGCAUCACCUGUGUCUAUGAUCCGUUGGGCGCUAUCAGUGAGGACGACCUGCCCAAACUGUUCUUUCCCAGGCGGCCGAGAAGUCAUUCCAUGAUCCAUUACAACCCCAGAGAUAAGCAGCUCUAUGCCUGGAAUGAUGGAAACCAGAUCAUUUACAAACUCCAGACAAAGAGAAAGCGGCCUCUGGAGUAAUGCAGUCCAGCAAGGGGGAGAGCACUAAGGCUGUGGACGCUGCUCUCUGGACACGGAGGCCGCAGCCCCUUUGCAAUACAAAUCCCUCUGUUCCCAUACAGGGCCAGAGGCUAGAAGUGGGCUUGCAUUUGCAUCCUUCCCUGGAUGGUAUGGCCUGAGUUAUCUUCCAAGAGCCUCGAUGAGAGUCUGUCAUUUGGAAAUGUUCAACUUCCAUCGCCCAUCCAAACCUCCUGGCUCUCAAGGCCUUCCACGUGCUGAUUCAGUUUACGUCCAGCCUUUCGUUUACCCCCACCACCCCCUUCCCCACCACCCCACCCCCGCCUACAAUUAGAAACGUAGCCCGCCUCCUAAUACUCCUGGCUCCUGUCCUGGCCUUUCCUGACGCUCUUUCCUCUUUCAUAAAUGCCUUUUGGUAUUCUUCCAUUUUUCACCACCCAGCGAAAGUAUCAUUUCUUAUUCAUGUUUAAUCUCUAUUUCUGCCAACUCUGCCCCUUCACCAAGCUGAGGAGAUACAAGAGGAAAGUAAAAUCACUCACAUUUAAAUACCACUUGCCAGUUACAAAGUGUUUGCUCCUAUGUACAUCAUUUAAUUCUCACGCCACCCUGUGAGACAUGCAGAAGAUGUCUUUAUAAUUGCUAUUUUAGAGAUGAGAGAAGUUUAGGUGAACCAUUCAGAGGAACACAGCCUCAAAAUGAAGAUAGGGCUAGAAAAUACUGCAAAUCCCAUAGUCUUUCCAUUGCCCCAAGGGAGCAUCAAAUACGUAUGUUCGUUCCCCCAGCCUUUUAUAAGCAAUGAUUUCAGCAUCUCAUCCUAAAAAAUCAUGGUCUGCCCCCUGCAGCCGGUUUUCAUGCCUGCACAAGACCUUCCUGUAAGCCCUUCAAAAGCUGCUUGCUCCAGAAAACCAGCCUACAGCCUAAGGGUGAGGACCCCACCUGUAGCCUCGUCUUGUCUUACCUUCCCCUGUGUCUCUCUCUUUGCUGGAAACACAAUAAAACCGACACUAAGCAAA